AAUUUGAACGUUUUCACUUUGAAGGUCGUUCCGUAACUCCAGUGGAACCAGUUUUCAAAGACAUGCCUCGAGGUCGCAGUGUUAAACGAGGCUUCCGCCCAUCUCAUGCGCCGGUCCAAACAAUGCUUGUUCCAAGCCAUGCUGAAUGUGCUGCCACAAAUAAAGAUGAAGAGAUGAACGAACUUGACGAAACCAAAGCACCAAAAUUGAAUCCACCUAAAUCUAGCCCCAGCAAAAAGUCAGAUGAAUGUGGGGUAGAGGUUUAUGAAGACGAUGACGAGCUUGAAGAUUCUGAGUUAGAAAACAAUACUACCGGGAGGCGUCUGGUCGAGGGUGAUAUCGAUGUGGAUGAUGCUGAAAGUGAAAGUGCGGAGGAUGAACCUGUUGAAGAAGAACCUGAAGAUACUCUGACGCCUGCUGAGAAAGCCUCGCAAAUUUGUCGCCUUCCUGCGAAAGAACUUUGUACAGAAGAAACUCAAAUGUUCCCUUUUUUAGAAAGUUCUUCAAAUUCUUUAAAGGAGUCAUAUAUUGCUGUCCGAAAUCUUGCAAUAACGAGUCUUGGAAUAGCCUCUGUUUUUUAUCCUUCGAAACAUUGAAAACAUUUAAGAUCGGAGCAUAAUGGCAAAAUUGUGUACAUCUUUAUCUUGUGAUAAAAAUAAGUUUUAUGUUCUCAUUUUAUUAUCACAGAAAGUUCGAUGCUUGAAAGCUUAUCCUACGUUUCUCAAAUACAAGUGGAUUUAUAUUUUUAGAUCGAUUCCUCUAGUAGUUAUUUUCCUAAAUUGAGUUUAGCAUAAACAUAUUCAGUUCUUUUCAUAUUUUUGCCUUAUACUAUUUGAUUGUCUUUUUAAGAGUGGUUAAUUAUAUAUGUACGUUACAAAACCCUAACUUUCCAGUUUAUUGUUUCGUUUCCAUCCCUGACCAUUGUAAACCUUUCUCACAUUUGUCUUUUUAAAGAACUUCGAUGAGAUGGAUUUCCCUUAUCAAUUUGCCUAUCAUAAUUUUUGGAUUAGUGAUACAACAGUUCCUGUUUUUAGAAACUUAGUGAAAGUCACAAUGGCGACGUGCAUUUUAAUUCUUUAGCGUAAAAAUAUUGCAAAUCUGGUUUAAAAAUUCACUCUGCCUAAUCUUAAAACAUGAACUAGUAGGCCAUUUCCUAUACUUUGGGAGCUAUCUCUUUAAAUGCUACAUAUCUGAUGUGAUUGCUCAAAUAUAAAUACUUAGAAUGCGUCUCAUCAUUGUAUAUAUAUAAUAUUCAAACCAACAGUGCGGUUAUAUUUCCUAACAUAUUGAAAGAACUGGGGUAUCGGUUUUCCAUUGUUUAUAUUUACAAUGGUUAUGUGCCGGUACCAUUUUUUCAAUCGUUUUUAUAAUUAAAUGUAAAUCCUCCGUCAUUACAAAACAGCCGGGGACCCAGUUUUUUGAAGUUCAGAUAUACUUCAGGGGUAUCAUUUUCGUACAUACCAGUCUGUUAUUCAAGAUUUUGACUAUUAGAUUUCGGUCCUAGAAAUCGCAAGGUCUGAUUACUGAAGGUAUCGUACACACUUACACCCCCUUCUUAGUUUAGUUACACAUUACAAACUUUCUCACAGCUAUUAUUACCGUUUCAAGUGCUAUUGUGAAUUGUUAGUGGUUCAACCAUUUCGUAGCGAGAGAUGUUUUUAUUCCUUAUCUGUAACACUAGGCUGUCAGGAAUCGAGGUGGUGAUCUGCAGUUAUGCAUCAUAAAUUUUGUUGCCUGGACAGCGUUCUAAUACUAUGAUGUACGUUUUUGUGACUUGGAAGCUUUAUUCGUCAAGGCUUUCUCUAUUUAACGUGUUAAUUUGUAUUUUGAAUCACGUCUUGGUCAUAUCUUUAUGUGACUAAAAAGACAUCAUAACUACGGUAACCUUCUGAGUAAUUUCCUUGUUUACAAUGCUUACUAAGUUUUACUCUUCUAAAGCCUAAUAAGAUUUCAUAUCUUAUGUCCUGACUGGGAAAUGACACCAAAUUUUUAAAAUGAUAACAUAGUAUAAUGUUUUCUAGGUGGUAAAUUCCGGUUCGGAUUUUCUGUGAUUUUUCUGUGGAUUGGUAUUUAGUCGUAUAUUGGAAAUUAAAUAAUAAUUAUGUCUAUGCUGGAAAUUGUUUUGUACAAUAAAUUCUUUUGCAGUGUUUAAUGUGGUCAGAAGACUCGUGUACACAGGUUACGCCUAAUAGGCUGUUCAUAUACGUGAUGAAUAAUAUGUCAGUCGAGAAUCUACGGGUGAUGAUCGAUUCUGGUUUGACUGCUCCUUUACCAGUACACCAAGGAUCCAACUCGUCUGCUUCUUCUGUUUGUGAGGAAAACAUUUCUGGUGUCGGUCGUGUCAGACAUAGCAAAGAGCUUUCUCGAUCUCUUCAACGCCAUCUAACAAGUUUAACUCUCCCAAGUAAUUACUCACCCUGGGGUACGCCUACUGCAAAAGCAAAUUUGGAACGGAUGACUUAUUUAGUUGUUUUGUUUUUGGAAAGAUAUGGAUAUAUCAACUUUGGCAUAUUUAAAAUUAUAUCUCCACCCUUAACACAUGUGAAUUCAUCUCGUACUGCUGAUCCUGCUACCACUGCAACUUUCCUAGGAUCGCCUAUGGAAAUAUUAGACAAAUCAGAUGUCCAACUAACACCCAGAAGAGCUGCAGCUGAGAAAGCUCUAGCAGCAACGCGUCGUGCUAACAAUUCUCCUUCUGCCAGUACAUUACCACUUAGUUCAUCAUCUACGUCACUGACAACUCCUCAUUUUAUUAUAAUUGGUGCUGGUAUUUCUGGCCUAAUUGCAGCAAGACAACUGACUUAUUUUGGUGCCAAAGUUACUAUUUUAGAAUCUCGUGAUCGUGUUGGAGGUCGAAUAUGGACUUGUAGAAAAGGUGGAUAUCAAGCUGAACUUGGGGCCAUGGUUGUCACAGGUUUAUCUGCAAAUCCUGUAGCUAUAUUGGUACGUCAAUUAUCAUUAAAUUUGCUUCCAAUCAAUACCGAUUGCUCGCUAUAUGACUCACAAGGUCAUUUAAUAAACCGUGAUCUUGAUGAACAAAUUGAAGAAGAAUUCAAUCGUCUUUUAGGCACAGCUGCUUAUGUAUGCCAUUCUAAAGGAUUAGAUUCAUUAGUUCUUGAUUCGGGCGUUGAAAUUCCUUUAUCACUAGGUCAAGUUAUUGAAUUGUUAAUUAAAUAUCAAGAAAAGCAUAAAAUACAGUUGAAAAUAACACAUCGUAAAUUGAUCUCACAAUUAUUAGAUCGUAAAAAUUCUCUAUUAGAUCAGAUGGUUAUUGAACGUAAAAAUAUUGAAGCAGCUUAUGAAAAGUGGCAUUCAGCAUCAAAAGCAUUAAAUAACCAAUCGUCACCAAUCCAUCACUAUACUCAACAAUCUAAAACACAAAAUCCUACGCAAAAUAAAUCUCGUGUACGCAAUGAUUCAUCAUGUUCACCUCGUUCCAGUAGUACUGAACUAGAUGGAAAACUAGUCAUUGAAUCAGCUUCAUCAAAUGGAUCACAAAAAUCAGCUGAUAACAAUGCGGUAAGAUUAUCCUCCGCUACUGAUCUAUCUCAACGUCCUUCGUUACCAGUAUUUAAUGUUAGCGCUCAAUUCGAAGUUCGCCAGUUACUUAGUCAUUUACAUGAAGCUUGGAAGAAAUUUCAACCACUUCAAAUUGCCCUGUCUCAAGUCAAUAAGCAAUUAGAUAUAUUACUUCAAGAACCACCGAAAGAUAUGUAUUUAACCAAAGAAGAACGUUCUAUACUUGAUUGGCAUUUAGCUAAUUUGGAAUUUGCCAAUGCCACAGAAUUGCAUAAUUUAUCAUUACGUCAUUGGGAUCAAGAUGAUUUGUUUGAAUUAAGCGGUGAUCAUUGCGUAUUACAAGACGGUUACGGAUCAGUAACCGAUAAUUUAGCACAUUUUAUUACAUCUGGUCAGUCAUUAACAGUUGGAUUAAAACCUCGUGAUAAUCAUCUUACAUCUGUAAUAACAACAACAUCGUCAUCAAAUUCAUCCACUUAUAAACUUGGACCUGGUCAUAUUGAAUUGAAAAGUACAGUUAAACGUAUUUCUUACUCUAAUACAGGUGUUCAAGUGGAUGUCCUUAAUUCGGCAUUUAGUCAAGAUGAUUUAAUUGAAUAUGAAGCAGAUGCUUUAAUUUGUACUCUACCAUUAGGUAUCUUAAAAGAAAUUAUCCAACAAGAUAAUGAAACAACCAUGCAUCAAUCACAAAUUACAACAAAUGAAUCAUCUAACAAUUGUCUUACAAAAUUAGUUGUACCACGUUUUGAGCCACGUUUGCCUGAUUGGAAAAUCUCAGCUAUUCAGCGUUUAGGAUUUGGUGUAUUGAAUAAGGUUGUACUUAUAUUUGAGAAGAGUUUUUGGGAUCGUUCACACAAUCUAUUUGGACAUGUGAAUGAAUCAACAAAUUCGCGUGGUGAAUUAUUUUUAUUCUGGUCAAUUACUGAUAAGCCUGUAUUGAUAGCAUUAAUUGCUGGUCGUGCUGCAUGUGAUUUAGAAAAUGAGAAAACUUCACCUACACGACGUCUAUCACCAGGAUCUAAAGGUCAAAACUCAUUAGUCAAUAAUUCUGCCACACCAACAUCUCAUCUAUUAGGUCGUGGACUUAAAGAACCUAUUAUUAUACGAGCUAUGCAAGUUCUUCGUGGUAUUUUCAGCCAAGAAGGUAGUAGUAGUGUUAGUAACAAUAAUAAUAACAGUAACAUUAGUAAUUGUAAUGGUGGAAUGCAUAGUAAUCAAGAAAAGAAGAAACUUAUUAUACCAAAUAUUAAAUAUGUGGAUGUGUUUUGUUCAAAACAUUCGACUGUUAUAUCAAAAUUUCGGACAACUGUCAUAGGUAAUGAUGCAAAGAAGCUAGUCGUAGAACCCUGCGUUCAGAUUACCUUUGGUGAUUAGAAAUGAGUUCAUACGAAAUUAUUGUCAAUUUUACUCAUUUUAACACAGUUUUAUUAAUACUAGAAGUGUUGUGUUAUCAUAAAAAUAAAUAAAAUUUAUUUUGCUCUGGAAGUCUGUGAUUUCCAAUUAUAAUGAAUAUAAUAUUAAGAAAUUAUUUCUUAUUCUAGUACGGAAUCACUCAUUCAACUGUAUUCAUUGUACAUCACAACUACAUUUCUUGCAUCAUUUUGGCUGUUUUGUAUAUCCUUGUCAAAAAUCAAUGAUCACUUAUCGAUUUUCUAAUCAUUUGGUGUUAAUCCAACCGGAUUAGAUAUAUUUUCUUGAGUAAUAAUUCAACAGACGGGACAGUCUUAUACGACAGAUUUCUGCACACCAUUCCUUUGUUUUGAAUCAAUUAAAUUGUUUACCAUAUUUAAUUAUUUAUUCUAGCCAAUUGAUGCAUAUGUCACGCGAUGGAGAACUGAUCCAUAUUCACGUGGAUCUUACUCAUAUGUUGCUGUUGGAGCCACAGGUGCUGAUUAUGAUAUUCUUGGUGAACCAGUUUAUUACUCUAGUAGUUCCAGUGAUGAUAUUUCUAUGCCAACUAAUAAUCCUCGUAUAUUUUUUGCUGGUGAACAUACUUGCCGUUGUUAUCCAGCUACUGUGCAUGGUGCACUUUUAAGUGGUCUACGUGAAGCAGCUCGUGUAGCUAAUCAUUACUUUCCAGGUCAAACACCUGUACGUGCGUCAGGAUUUAAAUUAAAUACUUCACAAUCGACGAAUCCACACUUCUAAAUUAUUCCAUUGUUUAUUUAUUUCCCUUUCUCUAGUUUUGUCAGUGUCUUCUCGGAAAAGGCUGUAUUUUCUCCUAUACCUGUACUUUAUCGACUGACUGUAGAUUAACUAUUUCAUAAAUAAUUAUUUUCCACCAAUUAGGUUUUAUCUGUCUUUACAUUUAUGUGUAUUCACCCUUAUGGAGUAUAUUUUUUCCUGUAAAAUAUAUUGAUAUACUACAUUUGUGUGCAAUCCUGUCAUAUUUUUCAGUUUAUAUGUUGAUAUAUUUGCCUAACCUCUAUUCGUUUUGUGCAUAACGUAUGUUUGUAUGGAUCGAGUUUAGUUGUUUUGUAUUAUACGUGAAGUUUUGUCGGUUAUUAUUAUUAUUAUUAUCUCUGAAUAUUUCUUGAUUUCUUUUAUUAUGACUAAUGCAUUCAUUACCCCGUUUUCAUUUUAUAAACAAACUUGAUAAAUUGUGAAAUACGAUAAAUGACCAAUGCUUGUUAUUCAGUGUUAUGUGCACUAUUGUGGUGUCAAACUUACCACUGGUUUGUAAACAGUUAUAUACAGCCAUGCUGAUGAGUUAAAGCUUUAUAUUGAAAUAUUUGCAUUAUUUAAUUGAUAAAUCAACGAACUCUUAGGGCUACUUAUUUUGUAUUGCAUAAUGAUGUUAUGCGAAGUUGUUUUGUCUUCACUUUAACACUAACCCUUUGUUUUUACUACGGAUUAUCAGCAUGUAGUUUUUUUAAAUAUUUUUGUUCUCUGGCUUAAA